AUGUGCCUGAACAACACCUCCUCUGAGUGCAGAAGGGACACUGUCCAGGGCCUGGCUUACACCAUUAUCUUUAUCCUGGGAAUGUUGCUGCAAAUUGGUUUUUUUCACGGCUUCUUCUCCAAACGCGGCUCAUGGACCGACACCCAUAUCUACAUGUUCAAUCUGGCCGUGGCUGAUUCCACACACAUCUUCUUCCUCCCCUUCAGGAUCUAUGACGAUAUCUAUGAGUGUCUUCCUAAGACCUUUCUAUGCACGUUCCUCUUCAACAUGCAUUACCUGAACAUGUACGCCAGCAUCCUGACCACAGCAGCGGUCAGUGUGCACCGCCACAUGGAGCAGGGCAUCUCCCCCUUGUGGUGA